AUGGGCGGUGAUUCCUGGAGUGAAUGGUGCUCUGGCAGUGCACUAUUCGUGUUUAACGGUGUGGACUUGGUCUGUGGUGUAGCACUAACUGUCUACAGUCUUUAUAUUGGACUCAAUGAAUACGCUCCAGAGUGGCUCUACGUGCCAAUAUUAGUCGUCGGAAGUCUCCUGAUCUUGUCAGCUUUCAUGAGCUGGUGUGGAGCGUCUAAUCAUAGCUGCUCCAUGUGUCUCUCGUGCUCGUCGUAUCUCUUGAUCUUACUGGCUUUAGCAGAAUUGAUACUGGGAGUAAUCAUUUUCACGAAUGGAUCAAGUAUUGAUCAAUUCCUACGUCAUCAUCAAGACGAACUGAAACUUACCGAUGAACAGCUUCGUCGUCUUGAAAACAAUAAAUUCAUUCCUGCGUACGGAUUGGUGACGCUCUUUUUGAUGGAAGUGCUGAGAUUCUGCUGCAGUAGCGGACUGUAUCGAGCACGACGUCAUCGUAAAUAUCAGUACCGACAGUUAAGUACGCUCCGUGACUUGGAUGAUGAUCUAUUGGCCGUUAAAAAGGAAAAGGAAAUUUCGGGUAAAUAUGCGUCGCUCAAGGAUACAUACAGAAAAAAAUACGGGCGAGGUAAACGCGGUGUUGUGCUCAAUAAGCCGACGAACACGUCAUGUCAUGAAUACAGUCCACGGUAA